CUGCAGUUUUGAAAUUUCGGAGGUUUCGCCGCGCUGCACCGCCCCAUUGCUUCUCCGAACCCGUGAGCCCUGGAGACCCGGAGCCGAGGGUUUGGGCCGGCCGGGGGCUCUGCUAGGGAGGCCGCUGGACUUGGAUCGGAGCAGCAUUUAGGAGACGCGGUGCAGUCGAACAGAGCCACCAUGGGGUCGACAGCCCCAGGGCCCAUUCACCUGCUGGAGCUGUGUGACCAGAAGCUCAUGGAGUUUAUCUGCAAUGUGGACAAUAAAGACUUGGUGUGGCUCGAAGAGAUCGAGGAGGAGGCCGAGCGCAUGUUCACCAGAGAAUUCAGCAAGGAGCCUGAGCUGAUGCCCAAAACACCUUCUCAGAAGAACCGACGGAAGAAGAGACGGGUUUCUCAUGUUCAGGAUGAAAACAGAGACCCCAUCCGGAAAAGGUUGUCCCGCAGAAAAACCCGGAGCAGCCAGCUGAGCUCCCGGCAUCUGCGCAGCAAGGACAAGGUGGAGAAGCUGGCCACGGUGGUGGGGGAGAACGGCUCUGUCCUGCGGCGGAUGACCCGCGCCGCGGCCGCAGCUGCGGCGGCCACCGUGGCGUUCGCUGCCCCUUCAUCCAGCCCUGAGUCCCCCACAGCACUGACCACGAAGCCUGAAAACAGCCUGGCCGAGAGCCAGCUGGUGCCCGUGGUGAAGAUCAGCGUCAGCGAGCGCCAGAAUGCCGAGCAGCACGUCGGCCGGCUCGAGUCCGCCCAGGCUCCCUCUCUGGCUCCGUCCCCUCCAGCCACAGCCCCCGCCUCCCACAGCAUCUCGAUAUCGGAGGAGGAAUCAACCCCCAAGAAGCCAGAGGCUGGGAGACUGCAAUCUGUUACCGUGAGCUCCCUGAUGGCCACACCCCAGGACCCCAAGAGCCAAGGGGUCGGAGCAAGCCGGUCGGCCUCCAAGCUCAGGAUCGCGCAGGCUUCCCCGGGCCCGCAGGACCUGUCAGGCUCUCCGGCCUCCCCAUGGCAGGAGCGGGUGCUGGCUCCCAUCCUGCCGGAUAACUGCUCCACGCCCACGGGUACCCGCGUGGACCCGCAGUCAGUGCGGCGCAGCCUGAUUGCGCCGUCCUCCCCUGGCCACCAGCCCUCGCUGGCCCAGAAGUACUCCCUGGUGGCCAAACAGGAGAAACCUGUCCGCAGGUCAAGCAGAAGGAUUGGCAAGAAAGCCUCUGUAGAGCCGGCUGCCUCUGCCCGCAUCAUCUGUCACAGUUACCUGGAGAGGCUCCUGAAUGUGGAGGUGCCCCAGAAAGUUGGCCCUGAGCAGAAGCCCAGCGAGAAGGCUGAGCCUGUGGAGGCGGCUGAGCCAGAGGUCCCCAAGAACGUGCCCCGCAGUGCCACCAAGAUCACCAUUAGCACACCUGGCUCGCGGCCUGUGGCUGGUGGCCAGGAAACGCCCUCUGAAGGGCAGCAAGAGCCCAAGACUGACGAAGCAGAUGGCCCCAGGGAGCCACCCCAGAGUGUCAGGAGGAAGCGCAGCUACAGGCAGGCCGUGAGUGAGCUGGACGAGGGGCAGCAGCUGGAGGAUGAGGAGCUGCAAGCCCCCAGGAGCAAGACCCCUUCCCCGCCCUGUCCGGCCAGCAAGGUGGUGCGGCCCCUCCGGACCUUCCUGCACACCGUGCAGAGGAACCAGAUGCUCAUGACCCCGACCUCGGCGUCCCGCAGCAGUGUCAUGAAAUCCUUCAUCAAGCGCAACACUCCCCUGCGCGUGGACCCUAAGUGCAGCUUCGUUGAGAAGGAGCGGCAGCGCCUAGAGAACCUGCGGCGGAAGGAGGAGGCCGAGCUGCUCCGCAGGCAGAAGGUAGAGGAAGACAAGCGGCGGCGGCUGGAGGAGGUGAAGCUGAAGCGUGAGGAGCGCCUCCGCAAGGUGCUGCAGGCCCGGGAGCGGGUGGAGCAGAUGAAGGAGGAGAAGAAGAAGCAGAUCGAGCAGAAGUUUGCUCAGAUUGACGAGAAGACUGAGAAGGCCAAGGAGGAGCGGCUGGCUGAGGAGAAAGCCAAGAAAAAGGCAGCAGCCAGGAAGAUGGAGGAGGUGGAGGCGCGCCGGAAGCAGGAAGAGGAGGCCCGGCGGCUCAGGCGGCUGCAACAGCCCAGUGCUGGCCCGAGGCCCCCGACCUUGCUGUCUGUUCACCAGGAGGAGGAAGAGCGGCGGCACCAAGAGCUGCUGCAGAAGAAGAAGGAGGAGGAGCAGGAGCGGCUCCGGGCUGAGAGGGAGCUGCAGGAGAGGGAGCGGGAGAAGGCCCUGCGGCUACACAAGGAGCGGCUGCAGAGGGACCUGGAGGAGAAGAAGAAGAAGGAGGAGCAGCAGCGCCUGGCCGAGGAGCAGCAGAGGAGAGCCAGGGAGGCGGCGGCCGCCAGCAAAGGCCUGACUGCGACCCCGGACGCGCAGUCUCCAGCUUGUACCUCCUAUCAGAUGACGCCACAGGGCCACAGGGCCCCCCCCAAGAUCAACCCAGAUAACUACGGGAUGGAUCUGAAUAGCGAUGACUCCACCGAUGACGAGGCCCAUCCCCGGAAGCCCAUCCCCACCUGGGCCAGAGGCACUCAGCUAAGCCAGGCCAUCAUCCACCAGUACUACCACCCCCCGAACCUGCUCGAGCUCUUUGGAACCAUUCUCCCACUGGACUUGGAGGACAUCUUUAAGAAGAGCAAGCCCCGCUACCACAAGCGCACCAGCUCUGCUGUCUGGAACUCGCCGCCCCUGCUGGGCGCCAGGGUCCCCAGCAGCCUGGCCUACAGCCUGAAAAAGUACUGAGGCCCCCAGGCCUUCUCAGCAGUCUCAGCCCCUGUGUGUGUCUAUCUGUCCGCCUCUCUGGUGCCAUCCUGCCUGGUGUUCUGUCUCUGGGCCUUUGCCAUGUGUAUAUAAAUGUCUUCUGUGGGCUGCAGGUAGAACGUGGCCCAGGCCUUUUUGGAGGCUGCACUCGGUGGGUGGUUGGGGGAGAACCAGCCCAGCCCCACCUGGCCUGCAGACAGCACUCUGUAAAUAGAUUGUUAUAAUUCAGCAGAAUUUUAGCCUCUAGUGUUCGAGAGCUAGAUUAAUAAAGUCUGUUCCUUCAAGCCUGCUGUGGGUAUUGUGGAGAUGGGGGGGCCUUGGCAGAGUGCCCUGGACCCUGGCCCUGCAGCCACAUGUCUCAGGCCACUGAUGGGCGGGGGGGACCAAGGGUCUUUGCCUUUUCCUGGGGUGUACUUCUAGGUCACUUGGGUCCCACGUCAAGAUGCUGAUGCAGUGGGUGAUUCUGAUCCUGUCCUUGAGCAAUGCUAAGACACAGGUCAGUUACUUGCACGAUGGGGCAGGUGAAGCUACUUUCUGAUUUUCUGGAGAGCUCCCUGUUUGGAAAGGGGGGCUUGUUCAGUGGGAAAGACAUGGGGUUGAGGUCAGGAGGACUGGGCUCUUGACACAGGUGUGCCACCUAGGACAGUCCCUCAGCCCCCCGGGCUCCGCCCUUGCCACACGGAUGGUCAAAGGACCUGACAAGGUGUGCACACAGCUAAAGCAGGAGCUCUGAUUAGAAAGAUGUCUCCUGAAACUAUGUCCGGUUCGGUGCUUGCAAGCAGUUGAGAUGUUUCUCCAACAAGUCCAGGCAGCUGCUCAUUAAAUGCUUAGUGUCAAGAACUUAGUGGCUCUGGGGCUGUCCCUUAGCUGCAGCGGCCAGCUCCUUCUCAUCUGCGGCCCCACCCCUAGAACAGGGGUUGGUGAACUGUGGCCUCGGGGGCCAAAUGAAACCUCAGUCAGUUUUUGUAACAAAUAACCUGUUUUCUCUGGCUGCUCCGCUGAGGGCAGAGUUAAGUAGUUGCAGCAGAGGCCUUAUGGCCCACAAAGCUGAAGAUACGGUGACCCUUUACAGGAAGUUUGCUGACCCCUGCUUUAGGACAAAAAUAAAGGCUAAAUUCAAGAGUGCUUGAAAAAUGAGGACAUAGUGAACAUACACAACAGACUGAAGUUUUAGAGGAAUCCACCCAUUAAAAAAAAAUUUGAUGGUUCAUUCAAAUAUGGUGCACAAUUCAAAUUGGUUCCAUAUGCUCUUGGACUAGAAACUUGUGUGGAGUCCAUUGGCGAGGGUGUCUUUACCUAGAAUUGAUCAAUUUUUUUUCCUUUAUGGACUGUACUUUUUUGGUGUCACGUCUCAGUCAUCUUUGUUUAGCCCCAGUUCUCAAAGCUUUCCCCUUAUGUUUUCUUCUGUUUUAUAGUUUUACAAAUAUUACAUUUAGGUUUAUGAUCUACUUUGAGUUAGUUUUUUUUAAAGUGUGAGGUUUCUGUUUUUGGUUUAUUUGGUUUUGGGGGGCAGUAUGUCCAGUUGUUCCAGGACCAUUUUGUUGAAAAGACUGUUUGUUUCCCACUGAAUUUCUUUUGCAUCUUUGUCAAGAAUCAAUUAGCCCUAUUUGUAUGGGUCAAUGUCUGGACUUUGUAUUCUCUUCCAUUGAUCUUGGAGUCUCUCCUGUUACCAAUACCACAUCGUCAAAGUUACUGUAUCUUGUAUCCAUCUUAAAAAUCUGUUCGUAUGGUUCCUCUAGUUUUAUUCUUCCUUUUCAGAAUUAUUUUGACUUUUCUGUCAAUUUUGUCUCUCCAUCUAAAUUUCAGGCUGAGCUUAUUUAUACAAAAAUGUUGCUGGGAUUUUGAUUGGAAUUACAUUAAAUCUAUAGAUAAGUUUGAAGAGAACUCACAUAUGAUGGUGAGUCUCCUAAACCAUCAUAUGACUUGUCUCUCCAUUUAUUUGCAUCUCUGGCUUCUGCCAUCAGCAUUUCAUAGUCUCAGCAUCCAGAUCCUGUACAAGUUUUGUUGGACUUAUAGCUAAGUAUUUUAUUUUCUUGGAGUUACUGUAAAUGGUAUUGUUUUUCUAAUUUUGGCUCCCAGUUGUUCACUGCUGAUAUAUAGAAAUACAAUUGAUUUUUGUGUGUUGA